GCCUUGUCUCUUGCCGACUUGUCGCGAUGAUAACCACACUUGGCCGCGGCACUAUCUUUUCGCUCGCCUAUAAAUUCAGCGACUGGCUAGCUAGACACCAUCACAUCAUCAGCUCAUCCACAAACUGAGCCUUGCAUUUCAUCUCACACGUAUUCGAAUUCCCAGCUGAAAACCAAGGUCAAGAACCGACCAUGAUAAGUGCCAAGAGAAUUGCUCAACUGGCCAGGAAGUGGCAGAGGAUGGCAGCACUUGGGAGGAAGAGGCUCACAACGACCGCUGAGGAAAUUGAAGAAUGCUGCACUUCUGCGGCAGUGAAGGGCCACUGUGCCAUGUACACCGCUGAUGGGAUGCGGUUCAAGGUCCCAUUGGCGUACCUCGGCACCGCAGUCUUCGUUGAGCUCCUGAGGAUUUCUCAGGAGGAGUUUGGGUUUGCAAGCAACGAUGGCAGGAUCACACUGGCUUGCGAUGCGGCAGUCAUGGAGUAUGUCAUGUGCUUGCUCAGGAGAAAUGCUUCUGCUGAGGUAGAGAAGGCGUUGUUAAGCUCUAUGCUGACGCCUUGCCACUACGAUGGUUGUGUAAUACCAACUUUUGGAGCCAACCAGCAAAUUUGUUGUUUGUAGUUUCUGAAGGCAACACAUGCUGAAAUCCUGAUGUUGUCUUUUGUUUUGUGUGGUUUGCCUA